CGGUUAAAAUAACGUGUUCACAAUAUGACUUCAUAUCGUCCAGCGCCGAUCACAUAGAUAUAUAGAAAUAAUUCCAAAUACCGUUUUGUCCUGUAGCGGUUCAUUUCAUUGCACAUUUGGCGAAUUGUUACACAAAUUUAUUUUAAUAAUUACAACCUUAUUCAAGAAAGAGUUUACGCAAUCAUGGCGCCUGAAGAUCAAAACGAAGCUGAUAAUAUUGAGAAUGAGAACGACGAAGCAGAAAAUAAUAACAACAAUAAUCCACCCCCACGCCUAAACAUUCAACAACAUCAAGUGCAAAUUAAUAGAUAUCAGGAACAAAUUGCAGCUCUGGCAGCAAUUGCGGAAGCAGAGGAAAGUUUCUUGGGAACAAUUUCCAAUCUCAACCACCAAAAUAGAAGAUUAGAAGAGAAAAUAAAUGAGGCCGACGCUCAAAACAACUUGCUGCAAAUGCAGCUAAAAGUACUAAACAAGAAGAUGGAAAACUUGGAAAACUUUAUGGUCACUUUGGACGAAAUGAAGGAAGACGACGCUGCUGGGAAUAGGAAAACUAACCAUGAAAAUAAUAGGCAGGAACAACGCAUGAAAAAUUGUCCCAAGUGCGGCUUCGAUUUACAAAAAGAUCCAGCAAAAGCUCCGGCAUCAGCAUUACUUUGUCGGUCAGACUCUUUUAAUCGUGAAGAUUUUGCGGACAUCUUACCUGAAUCUUGCUACUUAAAAAAGAGACAAUCAGUCGAUGAAGAAGCCAUAAACCCAAUGAUUAUUGAUUUGAUUGUCGCCAAAAUCAUGGAACACCUUCCAACCUCUGAACUAUUAAAAUGUCGACAAGUAAACAACCUCUGGAACACCGAGGCAUCAUUCUGUCUCAGACAACGUCACACUUUCAAACUAAACUUCAACAAUAUUGAAACCAUCACACAAUUUACUGCCAAUCCCUCCACGUCCGACUGUCUCUUCACCCGACUAAAAAUCGACCUUGGCUUUGUCAUCAAUCCAUUUCGCAAUUACUUGGAAGAAUUCUUCAAAAUUUACGGACCUCACAUGACCCACUUUAGCUUAAGUUGUGAAGAAGAAUUCGCCAAUAGAAUUUACACUGAAGAAUUUCGUGCCAUCUUCUUAUCAUACUUGGCAAACAUUGAAGAAAUUGAGCUAUCUUUACCAACCAAGAUUACAGAGAGGCCUUCCCUCUACGAAGACCCUCGUCCCCGAAGCAGAUUUGUCUUCCCCUUCAUGACCUCCUUGAUUUUACACCAAUUCGACAAUGCUGGCGGAUAUAAUGUCUGGUUUACAAAAGAGUUGUUAAAAAUGGGCCCAAAUCUGAAAUCUUUGAGGGUUGAGACGCACAAUAAAGAAGUGAUGACUCGUAUCCUUCUCGCCCUUGGGGACAGAGAGUGUCGAACGAUAUGCUCUCAACUGAAGCAUCUCUUUUUAGAUGCAUAUGUGACCCAGCAACACUUGGAAAUGCUGAGUCAAUUUGAUUUUCAGCUGAAAUCACUCCAACUGACCCUGCUAACCGUUGAAGUGACGAAGGAAUGUGUGGAGUCAUUUCUUCAGAGACAUCGCCACACGUUGGAAACUCUAAUUUUAGGAGACUAUCAGAAACGACCGUCGCAAAACAACUCGCCACUUAUCGUACGACUCCCGAUCAUGACCUCUUUAAAGCAUAUCAAGUUUGUCGACCCCUGCUUUCCCGAUCAGAGGAACGUAAUAUUGAGUCCGCUUAGUUAUGCGGUACAAACUCCGAAAUUAAAAAGCAUCAGUUUCGAUCAUGAAACCGGAAAGCCGACUGGAGUCCAUUUAUUCUCUGACCUUUUCAACUCCUCUCCAUCGCCAUGUGAGAGUUUGAGAGAGUUGAGAAUAUCCCAUGGACUAAGCGACAUGACGCUGAUUGCAGCUGCGGCAAAAAUGUUCCCAAAUCUGGAGAAAUUACAAGUUGGGAAUGUGAAUGAUAAAAUCCUUCAAGAAAUUUGGACCCAUUUUGAUUUUAUUUUAGACUUUGGGUUAGAGUUGUGUCCUUCGAAUGUAAAUGUGGACUCGAUCAUUACUGGAAUACCGUUUGAAGUAUGUAAGAAAAUUCAAGAGAGGAAUUUGUACACUCAAGUGGAAACCUUGGAUGUGUUAGACAUCAUUAGGACAGAGCCUUCCAUUUGCAAUAUGUCAAAAUUACGAACACUAAGAAUUGAAGGAUUGCCUUCCACGCUUCUCACCGCAGUGAGUGGUUACCUUGCCCUAAGCCAAAUGAAGAGUCUCACGAGCGUGUCGAUAAAGUCGGAUGUGGCAACUUUGAGUCGAGAAUGUCGCAGAGUUCUUGGGGAACGACUUAACCUUACACUGUUUGAGCUUUUCUAAUCUCAUGUACGUGCUAGUAAUAGAUAAUUAAUUGAUUUUUAAUUGAAAUAAAGGGUUGUAGUUCCCAAAAAUAAUACAUGA